GUACCACACUGGCAUGAUCAAGCUUGCAUGCAAUGGACUGGACCAGACUACCUGGCAGUCCAUUGCGUCAUCCUAAUUGGGUGGAGGCCGAGCUACUGCGUCCGGAGUGUAGACUGGACUGGAAUGACUCGGAGACUGACUCGAUAUACGAAAAUGACUUAAGUAACAGUGUUCUGAUAAAUGGGCAGAACUUUAACAGUGUUGAUGAUGAUGAUGGAGAAAAUGAUACAAUGGAAUUUGAACCUAUCAAUCAAGAGGUCCAGCAUCAAUUGGUGUAUGACCUGCCACUGGGAUUGAACGAUGCCAUAAAUGUAACAGCAAAAAGAAGAAAGACCUAUCCUCCAAUCUGUAAACACUUCCUGAAGAAGGAACUCAGAAUAAGGUGUAGAUGCAUGGAAAGAUUAAAAGUUUCAGUGUCGAGUAAUUCAAGGAUAAAAGGUUUUCCUACACAACCAACUGAUGACUGCAAUGAAACAAAGGCAUCACUCGUGUCAACCAUGGGAGAAAUGUUAGAACUUAUGAAGGAUCUUCCCAGUUCUGUGGAAAAAGCUAAAGGACUUGAACAGCUGCAGCUUCUGGAAUUAAAAACAAAACCUUCGAAAAGACGACGGCAAAGUUCGAAACCUAAACCGCUGAUACCGAAAUCUUUAGAGGAGGAAGUCAUAGUGUCUGAAGCCAAUAACAAUACUUAUCAUGAUAAUGAAGGAUUUUUGAAAGUGUGCAAUGUUUUACUUGGCAGAAGUUGCUUCAUAUCAAGCAUGUCUAGUACGUAUCUGAAAGAAGGUUGUCCAUCAAAUCUGAGGAAAAGUGGAUCACCUGGAGAUAGCUGAGGUUUGCUUUGAAAUAUUAAGCAAAGCUAUGUACAUCUAUUAUGUAUAUUUUGUAAAUUAGGGAGUGAUCAAGAAAUAAGAUAUUUCUUUGCAAUGUAGAAAAGUAUCAGCUAGAAAAAUGUAAAUUUUCAUGUACAAUAUUGUGUGGAGUGUC